CUGCAGGAAAAAUAAGAGCUGAGGAUUGAGGAAAAUCGAAUCCUCCAAAAGACUCACUGCUGUGAAACACCAAGGAAGUGAACACAAUGGAUGCCCCAGCACCCACAGACAAGAAGGCACCCCCAAGGUUUAAGCAGAGGACAGUCCGGACUUUCAAGAGUAAAGCACCAAGACCGGGGCAGAAGGGUUUUGGAGAUGACAUACCUGGAAUGGAGGGUCUUGGGACAGACUUCACUGUGAUUUGUCCGUGGGAGGCUUAUGGUGACAUGGAACUAAGCGAUUUGGCAAAAUAUGGAAUUUUGUAGUUUUCAUUUUGGCAGUCUCUCUCCCCUCCCCCCCCCCCUUCCGGAUCCCUCACCGUUGACAUUUUCUCACUGUUGAGAAUUCCAUGAUUGUACACUUCCUCACCUUUACUUCCACUUCCUCACCUUUAACAUCACCGAAUUGCUCUUGAAGCUUCGUCUCACUCGUCGAUUCCUCUGUGAAGAUUCGUUACAUCCAAAAAUACAGCAUGCGUCAACCGAAUGCACUGAAAAAUCUAAGAUUGAGGAAUCAGCCAGGCAUCAUUUCCAGUUCUGUUGAAUUUGCAUACUGAAAUAUGAUUGGUUCUUAGAUUUUAUGAUGCAAGUAUUUACACUGCUA